CCUCCUCUCUCAGGUAAUCGUACUUCCGGCUGUCCGGCCUUGACGCCGCCCAGUCCUUCUGCCUCUUCUUCAUGGUUCGGUCGAACACGUUCGCUGUCCCGCCUGCGGAGCGCGAUAGACUCCUGCGGGCUCCGGGGAGCCUCCAGCACGGGGAAGCUGGAGCCCGCAGGAGAAUCCCGCACCAACCGCCGCUCAUGUCGCAGAACCUUCCUUCAGCGGACCUUCACAACCUUGGGUUACUUCCGGUUCCGGAUGACCAGAUAUGUAUUAUUUCAUGUAAAACAAGGACGUGCAGUGUUCAUUAAAUCAUGUUAAAAUGUCAAAUAGAAGCGUGUUACAAAGAUUACAAGUUGUUUCAUUCUAAUGAUUGAAGGCGUUUGUAGCGAACAUAUUCAGUCAUUGAGCAUUUUCUUCUGUUGUACCUUUUCUCUUUCCGUAGUCAUGUCAACAGGAGCCCGGGAAGCGUUGCAUGCUGGGAAAACACGUGCAGGGACCUUGCGAGCUGUACGUUUGUGCUGGGGUCUACCAUCUCGCCGUCAUGUCGUCGUCCAAGAAGAGCGAGGCGGCAGACGAGCGUUUCGAGCGGGUGAAGCGGGACCCUCGCUUCUGGGAGAUGCCGGAGAAAGAACGCAAGGUGAAGAUCGACAAGCGCUUCCAGUCCAUGUUCCACGACCAGCGCUUCAAGAUAAAGGAGACAGUGGACAAGCGGGGACGACCCGUCAAGCACACGUCCAGCGAAGACCUCAAGCGCUUCUACCAGCUAUCGGACUCGGAGGAUGAGGAGGAGGAGGACGAUGACGAUGAGCAGGAGAAGGAAGGAGGAAGGUCUGCGCAGGUCAUAGGUGAAAAAGUGACGAAAGGUGAGGACGAUGGGGAGUUGGCCUGGGAUUCAGAGGACGACAGCGGUCCCGACCUGGCCCGAGGGAAGGGCAACGUGGAGAGCAGCUCGGACGAAGACGAGGACGACCACGCGGACGGCGAGGAAGAUGAGAUGGAGCACGAGUGGGGCGAGCUGUGCAAGGAUGCGCCACGCAGCGAGCAGGUCACACGCAGGCUGGCCGUGUGCCACCUGGACUGGGACCGCUUGAAGGCCAAGGACCUGCUGGCCCUGCUGGCCUCCUUCUGUCCCGAGGGGGGCGCCGUGCUGGCCGUUAAGAUCUACCUGUCGGACUUCGGCAAGGAGAGGCUAAAGCUGGAGGCGACUCAGGGACCGCCGGAGCUGCGAGCGCUGCCCGACGACCCCGAGGACGACUCUCAGGACGACAGGAUGCACCGGGAGAGAAUGCGGGACUACCAGUUCAAGCGCCUCAGGUACUUCUACGCCGUGGCCGAGUGCGACUCCGCCGCCACCGCCACCAAGAUCUACGAGGAGUGCGAUGGCUACGAGUACGAAAGCAGCUGCUCCAUCCUGGACCUGCGCUUCGUUCCCGACGACGUCACCUUCCAGGAGCCGCCCCGAGACGUGGCCACCGACGUCAACCUGGCGGCGUACACCCCCAAGCUCUUCACCUCGUCCGCCAACGCCACCUCCAAGGUGCAGCUGACCUGGGACGAGACGGACCAGGAGCGCCUGAGCGUCUUCAGCAGGAAGGUGAACAAGAGCGAGCUGCUGGACAUGGACUUCAAGGCCUACCUCGCCUCCUCCAGCGACGAGGACGACCUCCAAGAUGAAGAACAGCAAGAGGCUGAGGAGGAGGGGAAGAAGAAGAAGAGCGAGGAGCAUCUGUCCAAGUACCGCCAGCUGCUCCAAGGCCUUCAGGACAAGGACAAGAAGCAGGACAAGGACAUGGAGAUGGAGGUCACAUGGGUUCCAGGGCUAAAGGAGACCACGGAGCAGCUGGUGAGGAAGAAGAUGGAGAAGAAGGAGGCGCUGACUCCAUGGGAGGAGUUCUUGCAGAAGAAGAAGGAGAAGAAGAAGAAGAAAAAGAAAAAGGAGGAAGUGGACGAGGGGGAGGAGGAGCUUAGUGACGACAGCCUUCCUCCAGACGUGGACCUCAGUGACCCCUUCUUCAGCCAGGAGCUCAGCUGCUCAGAUCUCAAGAAGAAACACAAAGACAAGAAGAAGAAAAAGGAUGAGGAAGAGGAGCACACAGCAGAGGACGAGGAAGAGCUGCAGAGACAAAAGGCCGCCAUGAGGCUGCUGAUGGAGGAGGGGGAGGAGCAACACUUCAACUACGACAAGAUCGUGGAGCAUGAGAACCUGAGCAAGAGGAAGAAGAGGAAGAUGAUGAAGAGUGGCCAGCAGCUGACUGACGACCACUUCCAGGUGGACGUGAAGGACCCUCGCUUCCAGGCCAUGUUCACAUCCCACCUCUACAACCUGGACCCCUCCCACCCCAGCUACAAGAAGACCAAGGCCACACAGAGCAUCCUGCAUGAGAGGCAGCGCCGGCGCCAGCAGGAGGAGCACCUCAAGAUGGAGGACGGUGCUCAGGUGGCGCAGACGGGGCGCAGUCGGGAGCGGGACGCCGACACGCCGGCUCAGAAACAAGACAUGGAGCCCAGUUUGUCCCUGCUCGUCAAGUCCAUCAAGAGCAAGACGCAACAGUUUCAGGCCCGCAAGAGAGCUAAAAUCCUUUGAACCUUUCAUCACAUGAUGACAUCAUGCACACAUUAAAGACUUUUAUCACACCUCAACUACUCUACUGAUGACAUCAUGCACACAUUAAAGACUUUUAUCACACCUCAACUACUCUAUCGAUGACAUCAUGCACACAUUAAAGACUAUUAUCACACGUCAACUACUCUAUUGAUGACAUCAUGCACACAUUAAAGACUAUUAUCACACCUCAACUACUCUAGUGAUGACAUCAUGCACACAUUAAAGACUAUUAUCACACUUCAACUACUCUAUUGAUGACAUCAUGCACACAUGAAAGACUUAUCACACAUCAACUACUCUAUUGAUGACAUCAUGCACACAUUAAAGACUAUUAUCACACCUCAACUACUCUAGUGAUGACAUCAUGCACACAUUAAAGACUAUUAUCACACUUCAACUACUCUAUUGAUGACAUCAUGCACACAUAAAGACUAUUAUCACACCAACUAUCUUGAUGACUUCAUGCACACAUUAAAGACUUAUCACACUUCAACUACUAUAUUGAUGAAAUCAUGCACACAUUAAAGACUUUUAUCACUCUUCAACUAUAUUGAUGACAUCAUGCACACAUUAAAGACUAUUAUCACACUUCAACUACUCUAUUGAUGACAUCUUGCACACAUUAAAGACUUUUAUCACACUUCAACUACUCUAUUGAUGACAUCAUGCACACAAAGACUAAUCACACUUCAACUACUCUAUUGAUGAAAUCAUGCACACAAAGACUUUUAUCACACUUCAACUAUAUUGAUGACACCAUGCACACAGUAAAGACUUAUCACACUUCAACUACUCUAUUGAUGACAUGCACACAUUAAAGACUAUUAUCACACUUUGAUUACUCUAUCGAUGACAUCAUGCACACAUUAAAGACUAUUAUCACACUUCAACUACUCUAUUGAUAACAUCAUGCACACAUUAAAGACUAUUAUCACACCUCAACUAUAUUGAUGACAUCAUGCACACAUUAAAGACUUUUAUCACACUUCAACUACUCUAUUGAUGACAUGCACACAUUAAAGACUUAUCACUCUUCAACUAUAUUGAUGACAUCAUGCACACAUUAAAGACUAUUAUCACACUUCAACUACUCUAUUGAUGACAUCUUGCACACAUUAAAGACUUUUAUCACACUUCAACUACUCUAUUGAUGACAUCAUGCACACAGACUUUUAUCACACUUCAACUAUAUUGAUGACACCAUGCACACAUUAAAGACUUAUCACACUUCAACUACUCUAUUGAUGACGUGCACACAUUAAAGACUAUUAUCACACUUUGAUUACUCUAUCGAUGACAUCAUGCACACAUUAAAGACUAUUAUCACACUUCAACUACUCUAUUGAUGACAUCAUGCACACAUUAAAGACUAUUAUCACACUUUAAUUACACUAUUGAUGACAUCAUGCACACAUUAAAGACUAUCAUCACACUUCAACUACUCUACUGAUGACAUCAUGCACACAUUAAAGACUAACUACUUCUUGA